AUGUGUCAACCCGAGGUCAAUAUAUGUACAAAUACGAUUCGAGACCAAGCGCUCAUUCAUGAACAGCAAAAGUUAAACACUGAACUGUUAGAGCUCAGAGAAUGGACGGAACAGAGAAUGAACAAGCAAAUGAAGCUGCACGACCGGAUGGUGGUAUAUUACGACCGGAAGUUGACAAAAUGCAACGUGUACGAAGAGGAAUUGGAACGAACUCGCACGGAAAACGCACGUUUCAAAUUCACCUCACAGUGUCUGGUGGACAAGAUCAAAGAAUUGACCAAUACUAUUGUCGAAAAAUAUUCAACCAAUCCCUUAAAUAAUGAUGAAGUUAACGAUAGCAAUAAAGAUGAAAAUUGCAAUAUAGAAAACAAUCAGGAUAAAGAUAACGAUAACGAUACAGAUCCGAUAGCUACAUACUUGGAGGUGUGUUCCAAAACGUUAAUAGACGAAGUUGGCGCAUACAAGGAACAGGUCGAGAAGGCGACAAUAGAGUUGGGCAAUCUCAAAGACCAGCUGACCAGGUCAGUGGAAAAACAGGUAGUCCUUAGGGAGUGCGUGAACGAAUUGACAGUGCUGUCAAAAACAGAACGGAUGAAGCGGGACCAAGAUGAGCUGGAACUGCGGACGACGGUGGACCGACUGACGGCCGAGCUUGUAGAGGUGCAACAGGAGAUGGACCGAUUGCAGUCGGUCGAGGCUGAGAUAUCGGUCAAGUUGAUGCACCGCGAAUCUGAGCAGGACGAUCUUGAUGAAGCGGUACGUUCAGAAAAUGCCCGGCUGCAGGCUCAGCUGGGGAAGAGUGCAAUUUUAGAGGCUUCGAUGCAAUCGAAGAUAUACGAUCUGGAGCUGGAGCUGUCCAAGCGAAGGGAAGCUUCAAAAAUGCAGCAGGAACCGUAUCAGAUCAGCUUUGACAGCGAGACGAUAGACGGUUCGUCUACGUCAUCGAUAAUGUACCAGUGUACUCUGUCCCGAACGAGCGACGAUCAAGUGGCUAGUUUUCCAGACCUAGGACGCGGUGACGACCAAUUGAUACCGUGUUUGUUGUCGUCGACAAAAAGCUGCGUCGUCGCUGAGGAUGCCCAACUAUCGUGUUCGAAAUCGACCAACUAUGACUGCCAACCGUCGUGUUUGGAUUCGGCCAACGACGAACACCAACCGUCGUGUUUGGAUUCGACCAACGACGACCACAAAUCGUCGGGCUUGGAUUCGGCCAACGAUGACCACCAACCGUCAUGUUCAACGUUGACUGCUGUGAAAGGCAGCGCCCAAACUGCCUCUGAACCAUCACUGGAUGAGUUGAAAAAUCGUCAAUUGGCUGAAAUUAUUAAAAAAUAUGUGAGACGGCACGACGAUAAUUGCUAA